AUGCCUCCUAAGAGCAAAAUCAAAUCGGUAGCUCGAAAGGCGAGCCAGAAGUGGCGACCUAGGGUUGGUGGGCGGUCACGCAGGCCUGACCCCCGCCAAACCUUGCAGGCUACAGAGCUCCUGCAUGUCAUCUUGCCAGAGAUCCAUGCUGCGGACGUCAUCUGUGAAUUCAAGAACGCAGCUGCUUCGAACGAUGACCUGGCAGAGCUACUUCCGGAUGCAGUGCCACCUUGUCCUCUUACUGUUGCAUCAAACAGCGUUGAGGUUCCGAUUGGCUGUGCUUCUCCUACCUGGAGAGUUAAGCCUGGUGAGAAGCUUUCGGCAAUUAAUGCUGGCUCUUAUGUUUCUGCCGCGGCGUGGGCACCUCCUGAUGAUGUUGCCGUUUUGGCACUUGCAGUCAACAGCCGCGCUGGACCCUCUGUAGCAGCGGAAGGUCCCGUGCCAGGCACCUCUGCCACGCAUUUCUGGCGUGUUGACAUGAACAGCUCAGGGAAGUCAGCGUAUCUGCGACUUGGAAUUGUGCAUGAUGCGGCCAGUGUGCGUGGCUUGCAGUGGCUUCCCUCCAAACGCACAAGGGAAAGGCUGGGCUUGCUGUUGGCGACGCUAUCCACUGGGGAGCUUCUCUUAUACAGCCUGCCCACCGCCGCAUUUCAAGAGAGGGCCAUCAGUCGCACGCGCUUGUUCGCCCGGUUUGGACCUGCAUGGCGGGCAAGAACGUCACCUGUAGGGGUCGAACCCGCAGAUGCCUGGCAGAGAUAUGUGCAAUGCGCAGCUGCUCGCGAAAGCACUGCAGACAAACACAGCUGCAUUGUUGCUGGGGGGUGUGAGCGAUCAGUUGUGCUACUGUGGCGGUUAACGUCCGGAUCUCCGUUGCCACAGGGGCCUUCUGAUGUUCUGAAACCUAUGCUUCUAGACGCAGAGACUGUGAUGUCCUUAGCCUGGUGCCCAUCGCAGGAACUUGAGCUACUGGCCGCCGGUUUUGCGGGAGGGUAUGUUGUACUCUGGAGCUGCCAGACUCCCACUGCGCCCUUGCGCAGCUUCACCCCAAUGGUGCGAACCGCUCACAUUGGUCUUGUCUGGGCUGACCAAAACAAUUUGUGCUUGCCUGCUGAUGGAUCGUUUUACAACUUCCUGCACGGCCGCCUGGUCAGGCUUCGUCCUGACAGAAAGGGCUAUGACUGCUUGCUAUCAUGUGGUGGGACGUGCCAAGCUACCACAGGCACCAUAUCAAUCUGGUCAGAUGGCGUUGCUUCCUUUCGGCAGCAGCCACUGAUCCGGCAACGAACAUUCUCUGGAGUCAGGAACGACGAGUCGGUUUUCCAGAGUUGGUGCGUGCCUGGUGCAGAUCUAACAGAUGCACCAUUCCCAGACGAACCUGCCGAUCCUCAGCCGAGUGAGAAAACCGAAGCCGAGUGCAGAGCCUUCAGGGAGCACUUGUUCAAGGCGUACCAGAACAACUUGCUGGCUCGGUACCGUGCUUGGGAGACCGAGAGCUGCCAAUUGGAGAUAAAGCUGGGUCAGGACGACACCGUCAAGGAGAGCAGCAAGGUGCCUUUGACAGAUGCCGCGGCCAAGGAGUUCAAGCCUUCGGACAGCGCAGAGUCAGAGAUCCUGCUUCUUAGCGUCACUUAA